AACUCAGUAUUGAUUGGGGUUUUGUUGAUGAUCAUUCAGUGAAUGUAGUAUUAUCGAGCACAUUUGUGGAUUAAAUUGAGUGAAUAUAGCAUUAUUGAGCGCAUUUGUUGAGUAAAUUAAGUGAAAGUAGCAUUAUCGAAAUUGAUUAUAUCGGGUUUUGGGUUUGUUAGGAAUUGGUUGAAUGGGAGCACAAGAGCAGGAACCCUGGAAAGAUGCAUGCUUGUGGGCAUGAUGCUCAUGUAACAAUGCUGCUUGGAGCAGCUAAGUUACUUCAGAGAAAAAGCAAAGAAAUAAAGGGCACAAUCAAGCUUGUUUUUCAACCUGGAGAAGAGGAACAUGCAGGGGCUUACCAUAUGAUAAAAGAGGGUGCUCUUGAUAAGAUUCAAGGCAUUUUUGGGUUACAUAUUCAACCUCUAAUGCCCGUUGGUACUAUUGGUUCCAGGCCAGGUCCAAUUCUUGCAGGCUCUGGUAGAUUUUCAGUCACAAUUCAUGGAAAAGGUGGGCAUGCUGCGUUUCCCCAUUUGGCCACAGAUCCAAUUCUUGCUGCCUGCUCGGCCAUCCUUGCCCUUCAACAGCUUAUUUCUAGAGAAACAGACCCUCUAGAUGCCAGGGUGGUUACUGUUGGGAUGAUUGAGGGUGGCCAAGCAGCAAAUAUAAUCCCAGAGACAGUGAGACUUAAAGGCACUUUUCGAAGCAUGACUUCAGAAGGUCUAAACUACCUUCAGCAAAGGAUUCAAGAGGUCAUAGAGAUACAGGCUUCGGUGCACGGGUGCACAGCAACGGUAGACUUCAUGCUGGAAAAAAUGAAGCCCUAUCCAGCCACAGUUAAUGAUGAAGCAAUGUACAAACAUGCAAAGAAUGUGGGAGAAACUUUGCUUGGUGAACCAAAUGUGAAGCUUUUUCCAAUGUCUAUGGGAGCAGAGGACUUCAGCUUUUACACAGAAAAAAUGGCAGCUGCAUUCUUCAUGAUUGGGACAAAGAACGAGACUUUGGACCCAAAUACAGUUUGGCAUUCACCCAAUUUGGUAAUUGAUGAGGAGGUUCUUCCAAUAGGAGCUGCCCUUCAUGCUGCUGUUGCAAUUUCUUACUUGUAAUAUUGCUGCUGCUGUAACUUAUUAGAAAUCUUUUAACUAGUUUGGUACUGUUGUGCUUUUUU